CACGUAAUCUGCACCACACUUCAGCCUCCGCUGUCCGUCACCGUUUUGGCAAACCCUCGGUUUCCAUCUCUAUCCACAAGAAUAUCUCUGACCUCUGUAUGCUACGCAAUUUCUUUUAGCGAAUCGGAGCCCAACCUCACUGUACCCGUGUUUUUUUUUGUGUUUUAAACCCGAAUUUGCGUAUUAAACUGCAUAUCUAGGUAGCAUUUCGGAAUCCUGGGCCGGUUGGAGCUGAGGAGGUUGUACAUCUGAAAGGAGUAUCUGGAUAUAGCAGAUUUGAGCGUACAAGUUUGUUCGAUUUAAAAAUUCAGAGGAAUUUUACUUAUCUGGAUUGACUUAUUUUGUGGCGAGUGUUUUAGGUUUUUAUUUUUUAAAUUUUCGCGUUUGAUCUUCUGGUCGGUGUUUGAAUUCUGUUAAUCUUGUUACUGAAAUAAUCGGCGACUUGGUGUAUCUGAGUUUCGGGUUUUGGUUAAAACUGAUCUGCCGCUGUUCUCUAGGGUUUUCAAAAUUUUCGUAUAAUAGAAAAUGGUCGGUGGUGGGAACAGAAGGGAUGAAGGAUCAUUUACGGUGAGCAACAAUAAUGUUUUUGCAGCUCUAGGGAGUUUGAGAAAGAAGAAGAAAUCUGACAAAGAGAAGGGUUCGUCCAAGGGAGGUAAGGGAAAAGCUUCUGAGUCUAAAUCCAAGGAAACUGAGGAGAAGCAGGUGUUCUGGGCUCCUGCGCCUUUGACAGUUAAGUCAUGGGCAGAUGUUGAUGACGAGGAUGAUGACGACUAUUAUGCUACCACUGCACCUCCCCAGGCUAUAUGGGGUGGUUCCAAUUCAAAUAAGGCUGAGGAAGCUGAUAAACAUGAUCAUGUGGAGGAAAGUGAAACUGAAGAUGAACUUCUCGAUGAAGGUGAUGAUGAUGUGGAAGAGGAACAUGACCAUGAAACCGAGGCUCAAGAACAAACUGAGCCGGAGUCGGAGCCAAUUGUGAAAGAGGCUGUAGAAGUUUCUCCUGCUCCUAAGGAGACAGAAAGGCAGCUUUCAAAGAAGGAGAGGAAAAAGAAGGAGCUUGAAGAGCUGGAUGCAAUUUUAGCUGAUUUUGGUGUCAACCCAAAAGAGAAAUCCCAAGACAAGGCAUCAGAUGCUGUCAACAAAGAAGGAAAAGAUGAACAAUCAAACGGGAAUGGAGGAGAUAGAAAAGACAACGCACCUGCAGAAUCUAAAAGCGCAAAGAAGAAGAAGAAGAAGGACAAGAUUAAAGAAACACAGGACCCGAACACCAAUUCGGAUGUCUCCAAUGGACACGAGGAGGACACCUCAAGAACCAAACAAGUGGAAGAAGAGACUACAGAGGCAUCUGCUGUCGAUGUAAAAGAGAAGCUCAAAAAGGUCGCAUCUUCCAAGAAAAAGAAAUCGAACAAAGAGAUGGAUGGAGCUUCAAGAGCUGCUGCCAUGGAGGCUGCUGCUAGAAGCGCCAAACUUGCAGCUGCUAAAAAGAAAGAGAAGAACCAUUACAACCAGCAGCCGGUGCGUUAGGUAACAAGUCAUACAAUUCAUUCAUACGUACACUCACUCUAGUGCAUGUGGGAGGGAUCGUAAUAAACUUGUCGAAGCUUCUUGUUUUCCUUGCUUUACGAUUGAACGCCGGCUUAUAAACUGUACUUUGUGUUGUCUGUUUGUUGUUCUCAUUUGGCACAACACUGUUUAAACUUGUUAGAUCAUUUUGUAACAUUAUAGAACUUGUUGCCCUCUGCUGCUGCUGCUUCUGUAUCUAUGGUGUUUCCCUUUUCUUGCA